CGGAGAAGCCCAGGGUGAUGUUGCAGGGAGAGGCGUCACCACAUUCGGAGAAGCUCAGGGUGGUGGAACAGGGAGAGGCGUCAUCCCCUGUGGAGACGCCCAGGGUGGUGGUGUACUCCCAGACACCACAGGGCCCUCUCAAUCUUUGCCUGGAAGAGUGGCCCACUCUCGAACAAGCCGACGUACUCGAGCGACUGGAGCUCAUGCGGAUGGCUCCGGUGAGGCAGAGACGAUUAGAACCAAUGGUUAUUGUGUACGCCCAGCGUGGAGGGGGAGCCGCUAAAUCUUCUAAGGUCUUCUCCUUCUCUAAUGCUGCUGCGCUUGCUUCUCUGCGAUGGAAGGCGCCACAAACAACACGCGGGGUAGCAGAAGCUGGACAGAGCAGCGGAACUGUGCCGCCGACAACCACUAAAGGAAAGUGAAUGGAGAGCACUGAUCUGAGAUGGUGGAAGCUGCUUUGUGAAUGGACUAAAGACUGUGGCCGCAAUGUGAAUGGACUAAAGACUGUGGCCGCAAUGUGAAUGGACUAAAGACUGUGGCCGCAAUGUGAAUGGACUAAAGACUGUGGCCGCAAUGUGAAUGGACUAAAGACUGUGGCCGCAAUGUGAAUGGACUAAAGACUGUGGCCGCAAUGUGAAUGGACUAAAGACUGUGGCCGCAAUGUGAAUGGACUAAAGACUGUGGCCGCAAUGUGAAUGGACUAAAGACUGUGGCCGCAAU